GGCCGCCAAAAGGGCAACAGGGCGCUUGUUCGAAUCAAAGUGCAGUUCUGUAAUUCAAAGCUGUUGUAGGUUGUGCUGUGUAUUGGUCGAAAUAUUUUCGAAGUUUCAAAACAACGCGUUGUUUCCAUCACAUUUUCACACAACGAAAACUUGCCAGCAGAGACCUGCGAAACGAUUACGAUUACGAAAUAAUCAUAUUCUUUGAAAUUGAUCGACGUUUUGCUGGACUCUGUUUAGUUGCUUGGAAAUGGCAUCAGAAAAUCAGGCAAACAACAGACGUAUCACACGGCUGAAGUUGGCAAAGGAAAGCAAUUUGUCUGCCAUGCCUGAGAAAGCCGACGUUGGUACUAUGGAGGGGUCGAAUCAUCUGCCGGGUAAGCGCAAAGCUGAUGGUAAUCUGACCAAACAACACCAUGGUGUUAAGCGAUUUGCGCUAGGAAAUCUAACCAACGCAGAAUCAGACAACUUGCUAGCACAAAAUCCCCAGAAAGCUUCCAUUCCAAUGGCUAAGAUAAAGCAAUUUAAUGAGUCAAAGCACGCCGCAUCCAAAUUGCGGGGGGCUACGAAGAUUCUGACCCGGGCUGCCAUGCGGCUUGAAAAGGCGUUUUCUAAUAAAAACAAACCCCAGGAUGAGCAGGAGAAUCGAUGGGGCGAUGAUCGUGACAAUGAAAAACCAUCGAAUGUAUCGGAUGGUGCCGCCAAAGUUGGGAAUGCUACAAAUGGAGUUAUGCCAACGAAAUCUCGACGAGAUACAGCACAUACAGGAGCCGAGAAUACAAAAUUGAGCAUUGCUAGAAACCAAAAACCACUAGCGCAAGUGAAUGAUGAAGCUACCAACUCAAAAAAUACGGCUGAAGUGCCUUCUAAAAUACCGCUUAUGUUACACAGUGAAAAGAAUGUAAAGCAAUUGGGAGCUUUAGAUGAGAAAAAAGGGGGUCGUUCGUCGAACGACUUCGAGGACAACUCGUUGUAUGUGAGCGCUGUCGAAAAUCUCGAUGAAGACAAUAACUCGUCCUCAUCGAAUGUCUUAGAAAAAACAGGUGCAAAAGGUCCGCUACAAACUUUAAACCAACCGGCCCGUUGUUUGAAAGUAAAGAAAAAUAUUGCAACUGAAAAAAUUCCUGCCGUGAAAAAUGCUCCCCUUGAGCAAGUUACAAAACAUCCUCUGAUAUCUGACAGUGUAACUCAAGAGGCUGCAAACAACAACGAACAUAAACCACCACCACUACUGGCUGGAGAAAUCAAUACAAAACUAAAAAAACAAACAUCGAACGAAUUUGAGCUCAGCAAUGACGCUUUGUAUGUCACCGCAAUAGAUACCCUUGAGGAAGAAGCUGCAUCAUCCCUACGGCGCCCUCUUGCGCAGCCGACAGUGGAACAAGGAAAUGAAAUAUCCAAGCAAAAACGUAGAUGUGGAACUGUUAUAGUCCCAAUCCAGCAGUCAAUUCAGAAGCCAACCGUUACCGUCGAACCCCGCUCGCCUCGCAAGAAAACUCCACCAGGGGUAAAUGACUUCGAUAAAACCUAUUGGCGCGAUGUAUAUCAGGUGUCGGAAUACGCGCAGGAAAUCUUUGAGUACCUUCGUGACCGUGAGAGCUUAUAUCAACUGAAGGAUUACAUGAAAAAACAGCCUUUCCUUACUGCUCCUAUGCGUGCGCUGCUCGUAGACUGGAUGGUUGAACUCCAAGAGUCAUUCGAAUUAAACCAUGAGACUCUAUAUCUUGCAGUAAAAAUUGUGGAUGCCUAUCUUUCCCUUGUUGUAAUUGGACGAGAGACGCUUCAACUAGUGGCGUCUGCAGCGUUCCUGAUUGCGGCCAAAUAUGAUGAACGCGUCCCUCCCACCGUCGACGAUUUCAUCUACAUUUGCGAUGGUGCAUACGUGCCGCAACAAUUGCUGGAAAUGGAGCGUACUGUAUUUCGUACGAUUGGAUUUGAUCUCGGAUUUCCUUUGUCCUACCGUUUCUUGCGUCGAUAUGCUCGGGUGGCCCUCGUUCCAAUGCCAAUACUCACCCUUGCUCGGUACAUCCUAGAGACGAGCUUGAUGGAGUACGCUACAGUGAUUUUGUCAGAUUCCAAGCUCGCAUGCGCAGCCCUUUUCAUAGCGCGGCGAAUGUCUGACCUACCAGGUUGGAAUAAGACAUUGGAGUUUUACUCAGGAUAUAAGGUUGACGACUUGAAGAGCGUAAUAAUCCUACUGAACAAUGUAAUAAUGCCGAAGAAAUCAUCGCCAUUGCUCAAACUCACCAACGUUCGUGAAAAGUACUCUCAUGAGUUGUUCUUUCAAGUUGCCAAGUGCCCUGUCAUCACCAGCUUGGAAAAGCUAUUCGAAACUUCAGAACUACCUCUCAAUGUUGAUACCAAAAUUGGAGAACCAUCAUCCGGCCGAUCUGCUAAAUCAGUAGAAAAUAUGAUAGUCGUGCCACAAUCAAACCCGCAAGCCUCUGGUACAUCUGAGACUGUAGCCCCAUCAACCUCUGAAUCCGCCGAUAAAAUUGACACUGAGGCUCAACCAUCAACCAAUUUUCCGUAAAAGCAAACGAAAAUUAAAACUAGUUUUGGAAAUCCGCUUAAAAAAGCUAUGAUAGAUAGAGAAGAUUGUCCUAGAAUCCCAACAAUGUUAGCGAUCCAGAUCCUUUUUUGUUUAAUUGUUGGAUACAUUUAUGCCGAUUUGGUUUGAAUGUUUGCUGUUGUAUGUAGAAUUAGUUGUAUUGAGCGAAUGACUGAUACUGCUUUGACUAGACUAGAAACCGUCGCAAGAUACGAUCGAAUAGCGUAAGAGAUGACCGAGCAGGAGUAAGAACAAGGCAGGAGUUUUAGCAAUAGGGUUUAUGGAGUUUAGUCAAGCGUUCAAGAAAAUCAGACCAGUUUCUGGCCUUGUUUUAUGACCGAAUGGCACUGAAAUGCGAUCAAUUAAAUAUUCGCCUCCUUAAAAUCUUUUUUUCAUUCAAGCUUCUAAAUUUGUUUUGGGAAAGGUAACAAGUUUUAAUGUUUGCCUGGACUUUAAGAAACAAUUUCAAACGAUUUAAAUUGGCAUAGAAUACCAAAUGUUAAUUACUACUUUCUGCAGUCCCUAAGAACUGUUCAUUAUCGUAAUAGAUUCGAAAAACCUAUAAAUUAAGCAUUCAUUAUUUUUGUGCGUUACUUAUAACAUGCGAUAAAUCCUGUCCUGAUUCAUAUGCUUUCAAUGGUUUGUUUGAAUUUAAUUAUUUUAAAGGUUAUUUAUUUGCCCUAAGUUUUUUCGUUCGUUGUGGCACGUUUAUUCGGUAAACUUCAUUAAAAUGGUAUUGUAUCGCACAUGAUGCGAUGGGAUUAA